GUGACUACCUUGCAGAUGACAAAUUAAAACUCUGAGGGAAUUGAAGCAGACUGCAGCUCAGGAGCAGACUGGAUUUUGAGUGUGACUUAGCAGUUACACCGGAGUGGCUUCCGUGGACUGAAUAACCAGCUCGUGAUGAACAGUGGAAUGGGCUUCUUCUUGUUCCUUUCGUCUCUUAUGUUCUAUGGUAUCUGCUCAAUCUUAGCUAUUGGUGUCUCCACCCCAAAAUCCUUGGUUGUGGAGGAGGGAAUGGAGCUACGGCUGGACUGCAAGCUGGGACAUGCGGACACUCAAUUACACAACAUCAAGCUGGAAUGGUCUUAUACCCCUUACACUGGUGCUGAAGAGGACUUGAUUUUUUUUCACUAUCAAAACCUCAGUGUGGUCGUGCAGAAUGGUACAUUCUCCAUGAGACUUCAGUGGGUUGGUGACAUCCGACAAAACAAUGGUUCCAUUCUCAUAACUAAAGUGGAGUGCAGUGACAAAGGUUAUUUCACUUGUGAUUUGCGGAUCCCCAGGUUAUCCAGUGAAAUCUUUACAAGCAGAAUUGAUCUAAAAGUCUUGUGCACAGGUUCCAAAGGUACAAGAUCUAUCAGGCAUCCAGGGUUAGCAGAAGCAGUUCCAAAGAAUAUUAUCAUAUAUACAACAGUGGGGAUUUUCAGCUUCUUUGGUGCACUGUCUAUUAUCCUUGUAAGUGUAUGGAAGAAACGUUCAAUAAACACAGCACCAAGGAGUCAAAGCAGAAGAAACUGUCCUGGCGGGCUUGAAGAUUUUGAGUACACAGGCCAUUACGUCACUGUGACCAGCAGACACCCGCUCCAGAUUGACAGAGAAAAUAAAGCCAUGAAGGUAAAGAAAAAUAAGGAAUCAAAGACUGGUGAAGAAGAAAUUUAUGUAACAAUGCGCUCGUUCGUAGGAACUGGGAAAUCAAAUGACCUUCCUAAACCUAUCGUACUCAGUGAUCCUAUUUAUGGAGAAUGUGGGUAAUUCCACUCCAUGGAUUUUCUGGAAUCUAACAGAUCAUUGGAACUUUUUGAGGCUGUAUUCAUAAUUUUGUUAACAGCAAAUAGACACCCACAAUUCUUCAAGACUGUGUUCGAUGGUUCUGGUUUGAUGGAGUGACUGAAAUUCCUUAAAUUUUCAUUUUUUUUCAGCCUUUUUCAAAACCAACUGGUUCUGUUUUAUUGCAUUAAGAAGCACAAUGCCACUUCCGGGUCUAACUUUGAAAAUAUUAUAUUUUAAUGUUUGCAAAGAGAUAACUGUGAAUGAAUAAAUGUUCUGUGUUUUGUCCA